AAAAGAAAAAGAAGAAGGUUAAAGACAUGGAGGAGGAGGAGAAUGAGGAGGGAGGAAUGGAGGAGGAGAAGAAGAUGGAGAUUCCUGUGAGUCCAGCAGAGACAACAGAGAGGAAAAAGAAGAAGAAGAAAAAUAGGAAAAAGGUGAAACAGGAGGUGCAAUUUAAAGUACCACCAGCAGAGGGCGACAAAGCCACAGAAGUCAACAUGGAUCCUGCAGAUGGAAACGCCUCUCUGGUCUCCUCGACCAAAAAGAAAAGCCGUCUCAGGAAGAAGCUGAGCCUGAAGAAGAGGUUAAGACUUCAAAAGCAAGAGGAGAUGAUGAGAAAGAUGAAGAGUGAUGACCUCCCUCCUGGAAAGAGUCUCACAGGAAGAAAAAAACAAAAACAAACCCAAGUGGGAACAGAGGAAACCCCUCGAUCAACACCAGACAAAAGGCCCCAAACUAACUGCUCAGAAGAGGAUGAAACACCAAAGAGGAAAAAGAAGAUAAAAAUAUUCACAGAGCAAGAAGAAAAUUCCUCAAAGGAAAACCAUCCUCCCAAGACAGCAACAGAGAGGAGCCUGAGCACAGAGCUUCCUGAAGCUGAGUCAGCCAUACCUUUAAACGAAGGAAAGAAGAAGAAGAAAAAGAAACUGAAGGCAGUAAAAGACGAAAAGAUGGAAAAUCAUUCAACUCCUAUCACUGUGAACCAACUUUUUGCUGCUAAGAAACAAAAGAAGAACAGAUUAAAGGGAAAAGUGGGCGAGCCAGAGUCUGCUGCAGACACUCCUCCAGCUGUUUCUAUGAAAAAGAAAAAAUCCUCCAAAAAGAACAUAGAUUGAGUUAAUCGGGUCUAUUCUCUGGUCUGACGUCAGCGGAGGAUCGCAUCUUGGAUCUGACAACUAAAACGAAAAACACUACAGUGCCUUAUCUCUGAUCAUUCUGGGAUGAGAUUUUUCUGGGGAGAUUAUCAGUGUUUGGGGUUUUCUGCUUUUUUCUUGUUCUAAACUAUGAUAACACGAUGCAUCUUCAGCUUGUUCAAACACCUUCAGCAUUUCUUAAUGGCUUGUUGAAAGGAUCUGGUUGGUUUGAUAAUUGGCUUUUCUGUGAUAUGACAAAAGAAGACAAACCAAUGCCCUGUUUUUAUUGAAAUGGACUAAAUAUGACUACAGGUAAAAGUAUUAAAUAAGUAUAUAUUUUUAAAAACAGAUAUAAAGGAGGAGGUGUUUAUGCCAUUAAUAAUUGCUGAGGCUCAAUACACAACUCUGGCUAUUAGAAGUGUUACUGUGAAUUAUGCAUCCCAUCUAAACUGAGUGAUGCAACACUUAUAGGAUGGAAACUUCUGGAACUUUACAUAUCUUCAGAUUGAAAUGAGCUUUAAGGGAACAAACUGUGAAAGUUAAGGUCAGAACAAUGUUGACAAUGUAUCAAUGAACCGUUUCAUUGUAGUAGUAGUAUUGUGAUGUAGUAUCACAUCCCGUUGUGUUUACAGUGACUGUUAAAGCUGUGAAGUUAAUUUUUUUUUAUGUUUUUACUUUUUCUCUGUGCAUCAACUAGGUACUUGAUGAAAUCCUUUUUCUUUGAAGCACCAAUGUGUUAGUCUGUUGGACACAGAGGAUAAAUUAGUUUCUGCUCCUUUUCUUAAAAAUGGUCACACAUGCUAACUUCAUGUCUGAGUGACUAACAGUGUUUGAAUUCUGAUCAUCAGUCUGUUUCAGGUGAAUAAAUGCCCUUUUCCAAAAA